AUGCUCGUAUCUCGUCAGGCCCUCAGCGAGAUUUCCGAUCCCGGAAGGUCGGAAGCAAGGCCUCGCAACGGCAAUAAACCUCAGAAAGCCUCGCAAGCAGCCGGUAUCGCCUGCCUUUCGCCCUUGGAAAUACAAAGAGCCGUGAGAGAAUGGAGCAAAGAGUGUUCAACUGUCUUGGAUCUCUCCGGAUUUGCCAGACAGGUGCCAUUUGAAGGCACCGUCCAGAAAGAGGGCCUCGUCGUCGACUUCGAGGUCGAUGCCACGUUUCUUCGGUCUUCAGAAGCGGAGCGCAACGCUGAUCUCCUUGAGAUUGCUUUUGCAAAGCUUCUAUCCGUUUACACAGGAGACUCCACCGUCUGCUUUGCCUCCCUCUCUCGUACUCCAGCACCGAAUCAGGACGAGCUGUACGUUCGCCACUGCAAGGCCGACCACGCACUCAACCAAGUUCCUUCCAAAAGCGCUCAAAUUCCUCUAGAGUCUCUGAGGACACUCUUGACCGGCCAGCAGCUUUGGGGGGCUUCACUGUCGACCGACUUUGCUGGCGAGAACACAUCGCCUCUGCAACCCGCUAGUCUGCCCAUUGCCAGCACCUCCUUGCACGUUCAUGUUGCACAAAAUGCAGAGGGACGCCUUGGAAUCGACGUCCUGUACGCGCCUGAUACAAUCCUUGCCAAGGAUGCUCACCAAAUUGGCCGGCGCUUUGCUUUCUUACUUAAGCAGCUUCACGAGCGAACGCCUAUUAGCCAGCUAUCGACAACGAUGCCAGGCGAGAAGGUUCUUGCACUGAAGACGUUUAGCAGCAGUGUUCAGCUGCGAGAAAGUUGCCAGUCUUCGCCUCUUUCCCAAACUCUGAUUCACACGCUCAUCUCGCGUGUUUCUCAGAGACACAGCCGCGCAGUAGCCAUUCAUGUCCCGCAAGACACUUUAGAGGUCACCUACGAGCAGCUUGGCACUUCGAGUGACCGUCUCGCUUGUCAGCUGCGAAGACUCAAUGUUGACAGCGAGAUCCAUGUGGCAUUGAUGCUGGACAAGAGCGAGCUGCUUCCCGUUUCCAUUCUCGCCACACUCAAGGCUGGAGGAUGUGUAACACCUUUGGUCGACCAGCUCACAGACGAUAGAAUCCUUCAUAUUCUCAAAGAAACGCAGCCUGCCGUCUGGAUUGUCGAUGCACUGCAUCGACAGCGUGCAGAAAAGCUUCUCAGCUCAAUGGCAAAUGAGGCGAAGCCCCAUCUCUUGUGCAUCAGUCGCAAGCUGCACAGCUCUCAAGAGCCAUUGAGGGAGCUUCUCGCCCUCCAAGGUUGGAAAAUUCCACCUGAUAGCAAAGCAUAUACAAUCUACACCUCGGGCAGUACAGGCCUUCCAAAAGCGGUCAUCCUCACCCAUCGAAACCUUGCUGCGUUUGCCUCGGCUAAAGUAGACGGCUGGAAGUUGAGUGAAGGCUCGAGGCUCCUUCAAUUCAGUGCACCUGUGUGGGACGUCUCGGUUGGCGAUCUCAUUUAUGCACUAACCUCGGGCGCAACGCUAGUGAUGCAAGAUCGUUUUGCGGCAGUCACAGACGUAGACGCCACCAUCAGGUCCUUGCGCAUUACGCAUGCGAUCUUGACGCCCACGGUGGCAGACUUCAUCCGUGAGAGCCAUGCAAGCCUUGAAGCUCUCAUUCUCACAGGAGAGCCUAUCCCUAUCACUCAGCGCAACAGGCUACUCGACCUGGUCCCAACGCUGCUUAACGGCGGCGCACCCUCAGAGGUCACCAUUCUGGCUCUGAUGACCCGAUUGACGAAAUCAGAGGCACACCUACGCUGGACACCUUUCGGGCGUCCGAUUGGCACGGUGCGAAGUGUAAUUCUGGAUGUCACUGGUCAAAUCGCUCCCAUCGGGGCAGUUGGCGAACUCUGUUUGGCUGGAGACCAGGUGUCGCGCGGCUACCUGAAUCAGCCAGACAAGACAAAGGCUGCCUUUGUCCAGCUUGAUCUUGCCUCUUCGAUACCUGAGCUGAAUAUACAUGGUCGAUUCUACAGGACAGGUGACUUGGCUCGACUUCAUGCUGAUGGACGGUUCGAGCUCUUUGGACGUAUGGACGGUCAGCUUAAAUAUCGAGGUGUGCGUCUUGAAGCGCAGGAGAUCGAAGGUACACUCGAGCAAGCUGAUGACAUGGUCGACCGUGCCUUUGUCUGCACAAAGAACAUCAAGAACUCCUCACGCCUCGUUGCCGUUCUACAACCCAGCCAGGACGGACGUCAGGAGAGCGCACUUCCGGUCCAGAUAGAUGCGCAAAAGCUGAUCACAAGCGUCUCGGCAAAGCUAGGCAACGCUGCAACUCCGAACGCCGUCAUCUUUGCUUCGUCUGCACUCCCACUCACCGUUUCCGGAAAGCUCGAUCGUAAAGCUCUCCAGGUCCUGGUAGAUCAAAUGAUACUCUCUGAUAAAGUCCAGCUCAUCCAUGCAUCGAGGCAUCCUAAGCAGCACAAUCAACAUCAAGGAGAAACUACUGCUGUCAGCGUAGCGCCGGAGGGUCGAGCUCAGCUUGCCGUAGCAGAAGCUUUCGGAAAGGCCCUCGAACUUGAUGCACAGAGGAUCAAUGUUCACGAGUCUCUGCAAGAUCUCGGCGGUGAUUCAUUGACUGCCGUCCGAAUCCUGACUGAUCUACGUAAGAAGGGUGCCAGGAUUGAAGUUCGACACUUACUCGAAGGCAGGGGUUCCAUCUACGAAGUUGCUGCUCGUGUUUCGUUCGGCGACAUUACAGACACCUCCUCUUGUGAAGGCGUUCUCCAGCCGGAGGUGGAUGUCAAACAAGCAGACCUUAGCGAGAAGGACCGAGACUGGGUACUGUGGAGGUAUUCUAUCCAUCCAGAUUGGAUCGAAGACAUGUUCUACUCAACUCCAUACCAGAGCACUUCUGCCGGCAUGGGCUUUGCAUUCAAGUCGCCUCGGCCACAAAGCAUUGAAUGGAACCAGGCUGUGUGGGAAUGCAAUGGCCCAGCCAUUCAGGCAGACGAUCUACGAGCGGCUUGGAUGGCCACAGUGGAACAAUAUCCCAACUUCCGAUCUGCCAUUGCCUACAAUGCUAGAUUCGAAGGAGUGAUGUGCGUAUACAAGACCAGUCACUGCCCUUUGAAUCUGACCACUUACUACCCGAGGGCCGAUGUGGAGCAUGAUCGAGACUUUCACACAUACAUGGAUCAAGAUCGACAGCAAGGUCAUCAGGAGUUUGGCAAAGUUCCUUUCCGACUCGCACUCAUCCAAGCCACAAAGGAACGGACCCAAAAGCUGGUUAUCGCGUUCCCUCAUUCGCUAGCCUGUGGUUGGUCAAUGCGACUUACGCUACAAUCACUGCUAUGCCGUUUGAAUGGCCGAGCACCGGAUCGCACAACUCCAACGAGCUUCAAGAAAUACAUUGCAUUCACCCGAAGUCGCAACCUCGACGAACUCGACUCAUGGUGGGCAGAGGAGCUCAAGGGGAUUGAGCAUUCCUGCUGGCCUAUCGACUACAGAACGCAAGCGCAAGUCUAUCCCGUCGUAAAUCGUCAAUUUGAUGCCCAUCUCAACAUCAAAACCAAGGAAUUAGCCAGAACACUCGGAUCGAGUCUGUUCACUAUUACUAUGGCCGCCUUCGUUCUUGCUCUUGGGCGACGCAGUAGACCGGAUGACAUCAGCUCCAAGAGUUGUUCCCGAUUUCAGGUUGCCACGUCAUACAUCACUUCGAGCCGAUUUUUUGAUGGACUGGAAGAUCUGGAAGCCAUUCGAGGUCCCACUCUGGACGUGCUUCUAGCCUUAUUCGACGUUGACCUUGACGAAGGGGUAAGCAAGCUUCUGGAUGAAUGCUCGAAGACGAUCAAUCGACCUAAAGGAAAAGAGCACUAUCCACUUGCAAGGUUGAGCAAGAAAAUGGAUGCUAUCAAGGUCAGAGGUGCUCUGCAGGCCAAUAUGGUCUUUCAGAAUCUUCCGAGCCUGACAUCGCAAGAGGGUCAAGUCUCGAUGAAGCUGGGCCGCGAGCAUAUGCCAACGAUCUCAUGCAUCUUCUUCCAGGUGACACCGUCCGACGAUCGUCUGCUGUUCCGAACCGCCUUCGACGAUCGCUUCGUCAGUUCAACAGAAGCGACAGCAUUUGUCGACGAUAUGCGAUGCAUGAUCCAAUUGAUGGCAGACAUGCGGCACGCUACAGUACGGGAACUAUUAGCUGACAUCCCUUCCCGCAGCACGGCGAUCAUUACGCUCCCUCGGCCGCAGCCUUUGGAGCAUUUCGACCUGGACCCAGUCCCUGGUUCAUUCUGGCUUCGACGGUUUGUGCGGAAUGUAUGGCUUCUUCUAUGGUACCACUUGGUGCUGUGGCCAAUCCGCAGCAGACGACUUUAA